GGUGUGCUCUACCGGCGGUGUGCGUCUCCCGCCCUCCCUCCCUACCUCGCGCCCGCUAUCGCUCGCCGGGGUCACGUGCUCGCCGGCGGCGCCGCGCAGCCCAGGACCGCGACGACGACAACGACACCACCGCGACAGCCACGCGCCGGGGGUGCCGCGGGUGUGCCGUGACGAGGGGCCGCACGGCGCUGGGGUGACAUCGGCGAGCAGGGACCGCCAGCGGAACAGCGCCGCCGGCCCGAAAGGAGACUAGGCCGGAGCCGCCGCGGAUGCCCGGGCCCUACACCGGGGGGAUGGCGGCGCGCGGCGGGACCGCGGCCCGGUAAGCCCCCGGACAGCGUCACCGCAGGCCUCGCCGCAGGCCUCGCCGCAGGCCGCCAUGCUGCUGCGACUGCCGCUGCUGCUCGCCGCCGCCGCGGUGGCGCUCUCGGUCGGCUCGCUCGCGGCCGCGGCCGGCGGUCGGGGUCCGCGCCACCGCCAGGGCCACCGACACUCGCGGCACAGCCGCCAGCAGCCGCUGCGGGCGCACGGCGCCGCUGAGGACGCCGUGGUGGACGCGGCCGGGCGCCACCUGCGCACGACGCGGAGCAGCGCCACGCCGACGCCGACCCCGCUCCUCUUCGAGGACGCCGACGAUGCCGACGACGCGCAGCCGCACACGACGCGCGCCCGGGUCCACGGACACCUGGAGGAGAUCGAGGAGGCCAUGAUCAACAGCAAGGGGCGGCAGCCCGGUGUCACCGCGCCCGCCGGCAACCGGACCCUGCUCGACGACGACGCCGCGGACGACACCGGGUCGUCCCUGUGGUCGGUGCCCGGACCAGGCGCACCCGACCCCGGCGAGGUGGACAUCGUCACCAGGUUCCUGCGCAUCGUCGAGUCGCAGCACCUGCUGGGCGGCAACUGUACGGCGGGAACGGACCUCAACCUGGGCGAGGGCGUCGUGGACCGCUACGCUCAGGAGCGCUUCCGCGUGGAGGCGGACGUGGCGGUGAACCGCGCCAACAUGCUGACCCGCCUGUGGAAGUACGCGGGCCCGGCCGUCAUGCACUCCGAGUACCUGCUGCACGCCCUCGUGCUCGCCAUGGUCGAGUUCGACGACGACAUCUUCGCGGCGGGCAACUGCUACGACGCCCACCAGUACAAGGACUACUGGCUCUUCUGCCCGUUCGCCUACCGCCUGCCCGAGGGCCCCAUCCUGGUCAAGGACCUCGCCGUCGAGUACAAGUACCUGGAGAACACGUCCGAGUGGUUCUACAUGGCGAGGAAGAACGCGGAGCGGGUCAUCCACAACUACAACCAGAUCGCGCACGGCUUUCACACGUACACCUUCAACUCGACAGCGCACACGCACCGCUUCCCCGACGAGAUCCUGGCCGUGAUGUACGAGGACGGCAAGUGGAGCAAGCCCUACUACGACUGCGGCGGCGGCAACAUCUGGAUGCUCACCUACACCGUGCCCUUCUUCGGCUACGCCAACGGCUCCUAUCACUUCAAGGGCACGAGCGGCAUCGACAUCGACCUCCGGAGGGUCGACAUCGACCAGUGCCCGCUGCCGCCCGGCUCCACCCAGCUCAACAUCUUCGCCGCCUCCGACAAGUGCAAGAAGAGGACCACUCAGUGUGAGCCCGUGGCAGGUCUCGGAUUCCGUCGGGGUUCGUAUCGAUGCGUCUGCCGGCGUGGCUUUUACUUCCCGGACAUCACGGCCUCGCAGCGCUUCUACAACGGCAGCUACGUGGAGGAGGAGUACGAGAAGCUGGCGCUGGGCCGGUCCUCGGUGUACGCGCUGCCGGGCACCCUGGAGUGCCUGCCGUGCGCGCAGGGCUGCGAGUGGUGCGAGGACGCGCGGCCGUGCGUGGCCGCCCUCAACUGGCCCGUGCGCACGGCCCUGCUCGCCCUCUCGGCCGCCGUCAUCUGCUGCCUGCCCGCCGUCGCGCUCUUCACCGUCAAGUACGGCCACGUGAAGGUGGUGCGCGCCGCCAGCCCCGUCCUGCUGCGCGUCAUCGCCCUCGGCGCCUUCUUCAUGUACUGCACGACCAUCGCCUCGUACUUCCAGCCGAACGUGGUCUGGUGCACGCUGCGGGUGUGGCUGCGCGAGCUGGGCUUCUCCCUCACGUACGGCGCGCUCAUGCUCAAGACGUGGCGCAUCUCGGUGAUCUUCCGGGUGCGGUCGGCGCGGGCCGUCAAGAUCACGGACCUGGACCUGGUGAAGCGGGUGGGCGUGAUCGCGGGCGUGUUCAGCGUGUUUCUGGCCAUCCGCACGCUCGUCGCGCCGCCCGCCGCCAUUGAGGGCAAGACGGCCGAGGGGCUCAAGGCCUACCUCUGCCGCACCGACUGGUGGGACCACUCCUUCACGACACUGGAGGUGGUCUUUCUUGGCUGGGGCAUCCGACUUUGUAUCGUGGUCCGCAAAGCGCCGUCCGAGUUCAACGAGGCUCGUUUCAUCUCCAUGGCCAUCUAUAACGAGUUUCUGCUCUCCGUUUUCCUAAACGUAUCAAUGCUGUUCCUGCAGUCGCCGGCCAAUCCGGACCUGCUCUUCAUCAUCCUGUUCUGCCACACGCAGCUGACCGUCACUCUCCUGCUGGGGCUCAUCUUCGGCAGCAAGGCCUACUUGGUGUUCCGCAGCCACGGCCGGCCCGGGUCCUCGGAGAGUGCGCAGUCCGCCACCACGGCGUCCAAGUUCCUGGGCGGCAAGCGCUGCGGCGGGCUGGGCGCGGGCGCGCGCUCCGUGUGCAGCUCCGUGCCCGCCCAGUACCCGCAGUAUCCCCCGCAGAGCCACCUGCAGCCCUACGGCUCGGCCCUGCACAACGUCGUGCCCGUCGACGUCCAGUACCCGUUGCAGGAAGAGUUCCAGCGGCUGUACACCCAGUUGGAGGCGCUGCGGGAGCGGAACUUGCGGCUGGGCAACCGGCACCUGGCCGACAAGAUCCACGCCAUGCAGGAGGCUGGCCGCAAGGGGCCCGGGACGACGACGACGGCGUCCUUGGCCGGCAAGAACGCCUCGACGACCAGCGCGUUGAACGGUGGCGUCGUGGAGAGCAGCCCAGAGGCACCACCGCCGCCGCGGGCAGCCGACACGGAUGGCGGCAGCCCCGAGGUCCGCGCGGAGGACACGAGUCCCGGUGACGAGCCCUGGCGGCUGUCUUCCCUCAAGGACAGGCAGGCCCCCGAGAAGGUCUGCCGGGGCAGUGCCUGGACGCCCAUCUACAGGCGUCUGGCGCGGAGUGUGUCCUGCCACGGGCCGCGGCGGCAGGGUGGCGCGCUUGCCCGGGGGAGGGCCGUGUCCUUCAGCACGGAGCCGAGCGCACCCGCUGGGCAGGACGACCAGAUGGACCUGGACCUGGACCUCGACCCGGACGACCUGGACACCGCCGCCAGCAGUGCCGCGGUCACCACCGCUGGGAGCGAGGACGCUGGCUCCCUCCCGUGCACCGUGCCGUGCACCCCCGAGGACCCCGAGGACGUCUGCAAGGACGUCGGGCCAGGCGAGCUGCAGCAGAGCAACUGCUCACCCCUCGACCGACUCCCCGAGCAUGUGCCGGCGUGAGGGACCCGGCCCGAGGACGGGGCCACGGCCACAUCCCCGGGAAAAAAAUAAUAGCGAAACGAUAUCUUUUCGACGUCGAUUCGACCGUUACGAUUAUAUCGCGACCAUCAGGUCUCAGGGCUGUGCCCCUCCAGGGCCACGGGGAACUUGACGGCCCUGUGGCCACUGGACUUGCAAUACUCUUUUCCUGCGUAACUGUGAUCUCCAAUCUGUAAAUUCUUGUUUGUAUUUGCGUAGUGUAGCAUAUCGUGUUGAAAGGGUUGAAAGUGUUCACCCCUUCCAAAAGAAAAUCUAAAAAACAAUUGUGAUGUCAAACAUUGAUAGGGUGACAUUCCAUU